AUGGGGCUCCUCACCAUGUCCGGCUCCUUCCUCUGGGUCAACGCCCUCUUCCCGCCCGUCCUCGCCGGCGCCUUCUUCGGCACGAAAGCCUACCUGGCCAGCGCGUACGCGGACCAGCUCGUGGCCAUGUACGGCGUCCCCGUCGCGGACGUGCCGAUGGUGGUAGCCGUCUACACGAGCGCCUUCGCCUUCUUCAGCGGCAUCGUCAGCAUCAUGUACACGGCGGCGGUGACGAACGCCUACGACAACAACACGCCGCGGAUCCAGCGCGGCCCGGACCUCUACAAGGUCACGCCGCUGGGCUUCCGCCUCCAGAGCGCGCACAACAACGCGCUCGAGACCGUCGGCGCCUACCUCAUGCCCUGCUUCUUCGCCGCGACGACGCUCAAGCUCGACCCGGUCUUCUUCGCGAAGCUCGCGGCGCCCGUCGUGCCGCUGCGCGUCCUGUUCACGUUCUUCUACGCGACGAACAUGGACGCGCUCCGCUCCGGGACGUUCGUGAGCAUGGACAAGGCGACGCGGUGCAAGGAGUGCCCCGGGUGCCGCCACGCGGCGGCCGUGCGGGAGGGGUCGAGCGUCGGCUGCGGCAAGUGCCUCCAGUGCUACAAGAAGCGCUACGGGACCGCGGCGGAGUCGCGGCAGUCGUGCGCGCUCUCGUACUGCACCGGCAUGCGCCAGGGCGAGCGAGGGGCCGCCAUCGCCGGCCUCGGCGCCGGCUGGACGCUCUACGAGAUCAAGCGCAAGGGCGACGGCCCCCCCGACACCUACUGGCUCUCGCCCGAGGGCGCGCGCUUCCGGUCGCGGACCGAGCUCCUCGUCUACCUGCACACGACGGGCCAGGCGGCGGACGGCUGGGACUGGGACCGGCCGGCGCGCACGCCCGUGCCGCCGGGCAAGGCGGGCACGCCGUCGCCCGAGAUGCUCGCCGCCGCGAAGCGCGUCUUCGAGGCCUG